GCAUGUGACACUUCCCGCUGUUUCGUGACGUUGUUAUUUAUUUUUAUUUUUCCUUUUGUGAGUUUUUGUUUUUCGCUUCAAUCCCGAUUUCGGGUUUCGGCUCUCUCCGUCUCUCUCUCUUGCAAGUGUUGCCGCCUCAAAGUAGCUUUCAGACUGAGGCACUCCCUCAUGGCUGUGUGGGGCGAUGAUCCAAGCCUUUCCAAUCAACAAUCUCGAUUUCAAUCCGACACUCGGAAUCCGUCUCUGAAUCCUUUCUUCCCUUCCUCUCAGCGGAAGCCUCAUCUUUUCCCUUUCUUUUCUUGUCCAAUGAACGACUCCUCUUUCGUCUCUGAUACUCGUACGCACUGCCAUAGCGACGACCGACAGUCUGCUUUUGUCAAGCUUCCGUUGAAGCAAACAAAUGAAAUAGACCAUUGCAAGGGUCAGACUAGUAGACAAGCCACUCUUGAUGGACAUGGUGAAGAAAUGAAAUUUCCUUCCCUUGAACCAGAGUCUUGUGUGGGUGGUAAGCAGCAACACAGUAAAUCAAAGGUGUCAAAAAAUGCCAAAUCUGGAGCUCAAAGAUCAAAUGCUGACUCCCCGAAUAUUCUGAAUCCAGUUGUUACUUGCCGUUAUGACAGUUCACUAGGCUUGUUAACAAAGAAAUUCAUUAGUUUGAUCCAGGAGGCUAAGGAUGGGACCCUUGAUCUAAACCGUACUGCAGAUGUCUUGGAGGUCCAAAAGAGGAGAAUAUAUGAUAUUACAAAUGUUCUUGAAGGAAUAGGAUUGAUUGAGAAAACUUCAAAGAACCAUAUUAGCUGGAAGGGAUUUGACAUGUCUGGGCCACAGAAGAUGGAUAAUGAAGUCACGAGAUUGAAGGCUGAAGUUGAAAGGUUAUAUGCUGAAGAAUGUAGACUUGAUGAUUGCAUAAGGGAAAAGCAGGAGCUUCUAAGGGCCAUAGCUGGAGAUGAAAAUUGUCAAAAGCACCUCUUUUUGACAGAAGAAGAUAUUACAACACUUCCUUGCUUCCAGAAUCAAACACUAAUUGCAAUAAAGGCUCCUCAAGCCAGUUCUGUUGAAGUUCCUGAUCCUGAUGAGGAUAUUGGUUUCUCACAAAGGCAGUUUAGAAUCAUUAUCAGAAGCACCACAGGACCAAUUGAUUUAUACUUGUUGAGCAAAUAUGAAGGCCAAUCUGAGGAUAUAACAGUCAGGAGAACUAAAUCACUGGAUUAUUCUGUGGAGGAUAGUGGCUGCAACAAACUUGAGGAUGCAGGUCCGUUCAGCUCACUGGGCUCAGAGGGAUCUGGGAUUCAGAAGAUUAUCCCAUCAGACUUUAAAAUAGACGAUGAUUAUUGGCUUCGAUCAGAUCCUGAAGUCAGCAUUACAGAUCUGUGGGCAAAUGAGGAUUGGGCCCAAGAAAAUGACAUCUUUCAAGAGGAUUCCAUAACGAGUGAUGCAUCCUUAGCUCAGACUCAACCAUCACUAAGGGGGAGUCUGAGUGAACCGGACAAGAACCAGGCAGUUGGUUGCUCAGGUUGAUACCAAGGGCAUUUUUCCCCCUUACAUUUGGAGUGUAAAGUUUGUAGCUAGAAGGGAGAUGGUUGUUCUAAUUAUGUUCAUAACUAAUAAUUAUUAGCUAACACCGGUGAAAAAAUUUUAUGCUACAAAAAUUUAUAGAUCAGCUUGCAUUGGAAUAAGAAUCCCAAUGAUAAAAGUUUUUGGGAUUAGUGA